UAAUGGAUGCGGACUUGUACGAUGAAUUUGGCAAUUACAUUGGCCCAGAGCUGGACUCUGAUGAUGAUGAAGAGGAGGAUGAUGAUGAUGACUACCAUGACCAGGACCAGGAUAUGAAUGGCUAUGAUGAUGAUGAUGGUGUAGGAGGGGAAGAGGAAGAGGUAUCGGCACAGGCAGUGGUGCUGCACGAAGACAAGCAAUAUUACCCGAGCGCAGCAGAUGUCUAUGGUCCUGAAGUGGAAACAAUAGUGCAAGAGGAGGACGCGCAACCACUGACACAGCCUAUCAUCCAGCCAGUGAAAGUGAAGAAGUUCAGCCAUGUGGAGAAAGACCUGCCAGCCACCAGCUACAACCUGGAGUUCCUUGCUGACCUCAUGGAUAAUCCAACGCUGGUACGCAACGUGUCACUGGUGGGGCACCUCCACCACGGCAAGAGCACGUUCAUCGACUGCCUGAUUAGCCAGACUCACCCUGAGUUCAGAUCCAAAGAGGACGUCCCAGUGAGGUACACAGACACCCUGUUCACGGAAGGGGAGCGAGGCCUCAGUAUCAAGGCAACGCCCAUCACCCUGGUCAUGCAGGACGUCCGCAACAAGAGCUUCCUCAUGAAUAUCUUUGAUACGCCUGGUCAUGUCAAUUUCUCUGAUGAGGUAUCUGCAGCAAUGAGAAUAAGUGAUGGAGUGGUCCUGUUUAUUGAUGCAGCUGAGGGUGUAAUGCUGAAUACACAACGCCUGUUAAAGCAUGCCGUGCAGGAACACUUAGCCAUAACUGUAUGUAUCAACAAAAUUGACCGUCUCAUAUUGGAACUAAAGCUGCCACCACAAGAUGCUUAUUACAAGUUAAGACAUAUUGUUGAGGAGGUGAACUCCCUCCUCCUGCAGUACACUGACCAGGAGAAUCCCAAGACCAUUUCACCGCUCCUUGGCAACGUUUGCUUUGCGAGUUCUCAGUAUGCAUUGUGUUUCACCCUCAAGUCGUUUGCCAAGCUUUACGCCCAGCAUUAUGGCUAUGACCUACCCCUAGAGGACUUUGCCAGGAGGCUGUGGGGAGACAUCUACUUUAACCCGAGGACGAGGAAGUUUACCAAGAAGCCUCCCACUUCAACAUCUCAGAGGAGCUUUGUGGAAUUUAUCCUGGAACCUCUUUACAAGAUAUUUGCUCACAUUGUUGGUGAUGUGGACACACACCUGUUGCCACUGAUGGAUGAACUUGGGAUCCACAUGAGCAAAGAGGAACAACGCAUGAAUAUUCGACCACUGCUGAAACUUUUCAUGACAAAGUGCAUUGGAGACUUCGAAGGCUUUGUUGACAUGUGUGUGCAGCACAUUCCCUCUCCACAGGCCAAUGGCAAGGAGAAGGUAGAAACAACAUACACAGGCCCACUUGAUGUGGAGUUGGCAGAAAACAUGAUGGCUUGUGAUCCAGAGGGUGCCCUUGUAGUUCACACCACCAAGCAGUAUCCAAAUGAGGAUGCAACUGCAUUCCAUGUGUUUGGCAGAGUUUUGUCAGGAACUCUGCAUGCCAAUCAAGAUGUCCGGGUGCUUGGUGAAAAAUAUACUUUGAUGGAUGAGGAAGACUCUCGUAUAUUAACAGUAGGUCGCUUGUGGGUUCAUGAGGGAAGGUACAGUAUUGAAGUAAAUGCUGUACCAGCUGGUAAUUGGGUUUUGAUUGAAGGCAUUGAUGAACCUAUCGUAAAAACAGCAACCAUCACAGAUCUUCCCCCAAGCAGUGAACUACACAUCUUCAGGCCACUGAAAUUCAACACACAGUCAGUUAUAAAGAUUGCAGUAGAACCUGUGAAUCCAUCAGAAUUGCCAAAGAUGUUGGAUGGUCUUCGUAAGGUAAACAAAUCAUACCCAUUGUUGAGCAACAAGGUAGAGGAAUCAGGUGAACACAUUAUCCUUGGCACUGGGGAAUUAUACCUUGACUGCGUCAUGCACGACCUGCGGAAGAUGUACUCAGAAAUUGACAUUAAAGUAGCUGAUCCUGUAGUGAGCUUUUGUGAAACGGUUGUAGAUACUUCAUCUCUGAAGUGUUUCGCUGAGACGCCGAACAAGAGAAACAAGAUCACCAUGAUUGCUGAGCCGUUGGAGAGAGGCCUGGCAGAGGACAUUGAGGGAGAAGUAGUACAAAUCAACUGGGACAGAAGACGACUGGGCGAGUUCUUCCAGACGAGAUAUGACUGGGAUGUGUUGGCCGCCAGGUCCAUCUGGUCUUUUGGUCCAGAUCACAGUGGUCCCAAUAUUCUUGUAGAUGACACCUUGCCAUCAGAGGUCGACAAGAAUCUUUUGUCGUCAGUUAGGGAUUCUAUUGUUCAAGGUUUCCAGUGGGGAACGAGGGAAGGGCCCCUUUGUGAAGAGCCUAUCAGAAAUUGCAAAUUUAAGAUUCUCGAUGCCGUAAUUGCAGAGGAGCCGCUGCAUCGUGGUGGUGGCCAGGUCAUUCCAACAGCCAGAAGAGUAGCAUACUCUGCUUUCCUGAUGGCAACGCCACGUCUUAUGGAGCCCUAUUACUUUGUAGAGAUUCAGGCCCCAGCAGAUUGUGUUUCAUCGGUCUACACAGUGCUGACCAAACGGAGAGGUCACGUGACUCAGGAUGCACCUGUGGCUGGCUCUCCCCUGUACACCAUCAAGGCCUUCAUCCCCGCCAUUGAUUCCUUUGGCUUCGAGACAGAUCUCCGAAUGCACACUCAGGGCCAGGCCUUCUGCCUGAGUGUGUUCCACCACUGGCAGAUUGUGCCUGGUGACCCUCUUGACAAGAGCAUUGUCAUCCGGCCCCUGGAGCCCCAGCCGGCCACUCACUUGGCCCGCGAGUUCAUGAUCAAGACUCGCCGAAGGAAGGGCCUCUCCGAGGAUGUGUCCAUCAAUAAGUUCUUCGACGACCCUAUGUUGCUGGAACUGGCCAGACAGGAUGUCACUCUCAACUAUGCAUAGAGAUUGGUUGCGCCAUUUUAUUUGGCAACUUUUUUUUUACAUUAUACUUAUAUUACCAUGAACAGAUUGAUUAUAUCUGUAGAGAAAAGUAAACAUAUUAUUCAUACAAUAGUAUAAAUGGAAACUAAAUACAAUAAAAACAAGUUUUGACAACACUUGUGUUGUUGUUAAGGAACACCAUGUAUUAUUCCAGUAAGUGUACAAUGAAUCUAUUUUAUAAAAUAGUAUUGAUAAA